GAUACACACACACACACACACACACACUGAAUUCAAGGCUGAGCUUGCAGUGUCCGUGAGAUGAUCAGGAGCUACAGUGUGUUCACGCAGCCGCUACAUUUUCACACCAUUUAGAAGUUCCUCUGGGUUCCUCUGCAUUGUGGAACCUUGUUUUUUUCCUGGAGCGGAUUAAAGCACAUGAUACACAGACGAGGUGUGAGGAGAGCUUCUGAGAAACGUCACGGCUACCCUAGGGGAGAGACAUUUACAGGUACAUAUGGGGCAAGGAGACGCCUCUGCGAGAAGCACGGCCAUGGAGGGCGACUGUCUCAGCUGCAUCAAAUACCUCAUGUUCAUCUUUAACUUCUUCAUAUUCCUGGGUGGAUCGUUUUUACUUGGAGUGGGAAUCUGGGUGCUGGUGGAUCCUACAGGUUUUAGGGAGAUCGUAGCAGCCAAUACUUUGCUCUUCACUGGAGUCUACGUUAUCCUGGCCAUGGGCUCCAUGCUCUUCCUGCUCGGCUUCCUGGGCUGCUGUGGAGCCAUACGGGAAAACAAGUGUCUUCUGUUGUUUUUUUUCCUCCUCAUUCUCAUCAUAUUCCUGGCAGAGCUCGCUGCAGCCAUUUUGGCCUUCAUUUUCCGGGAGCAUCUCACCAGAGAUUAUUUCACCAAGGAGCUGAAAGCACAUUAUCAAGGCAGCAACAGCACUGAUGUCUUUACUACCACGUGGAACACUAUCAUGUUUACGUUCGAAUGCUGCGGUGUGAACAGUGCAGAUGAUUUCGAUCAGCAGAGCCUCUUCAGACAUCUGAACCCUGGCACAGCCUUUCCUGAGGUGUGCUGCCUGAGGAACGAGCAGCUGAUAAACAGGGAUGAGUGUCUCAGGGGCAACAUGCCUUUCCGCAUUAAGGGCUGCUAUUCGGCCGUGGUUGAUUACUUCGAGGCGUACAUCUACAUGGCCGGAGCUCUCGCUAUCGUCGUCCUGACAAUAGAGCUCUUCGCGAUGGUGUUCGCCAUGUGUUUGUUCCGAGGGAUUCAGUAAUCCAUGUCAUUCUACAGAAGGACAAUUCAAAAGACAAAUGGCUUAAAAAGAAAGCAUGCUUGUGUAUAUACUUCGUCUGUCUGUUUCUGAGGUGCCCACGGUGACCAAUUUGUACAGCUUCCCAGGAACGUCCCUGGUUUUGUGAAACGAAGGAGAGAAAAAAGAGCAGAAGUUUUCACUCCAGUGGUGACAUUGUGUUGUGAUUGAACACAGACGGAGGAAGAACUUGCACUGACGUCUGAAUGGAUAUUUAUAGAGAACAGUUCACGUUUGUACGGAAUUAAAUACGCGUUUUACCUUCUUCACCGCCGCUUCGUGCCACACUAAAACUCUCAGUGUGUGUGUGUGUGUGUGUGUGUGUGUGUGUGUGUGUGAUCAGAAGCCUACAUCUUCUAUAUCGUAAAGUGCUAUGUAUUGCAGUUGUGUAUAUUUCAUGUGGUUUUAGUAAUGUGUUGUAUGCAUUUGUACUUAUAUUCCUGAUACCUGUUAUAUGUGACAACGAUUGGUAUUAAAUGAAAAAUGAAA